CAAAGGUGAAAGUUUAAUUUUCCCGGGAAACUUUUGCACGUCUACAGCUGGAAAGCGACUGCGAGCUGUGCUGGACCGGCCAUGUCGAAGAUCACGGAGAAGCUCCUGCUGGAGAGGGGCUCCCCCAAAUGCGCCAAGCUGGAGCAGGUCAGGAGGCUGAACCUUUCCGGGCUGGAUCUGCGCAGUGCGGACCUGCCCCUGCCUCUGCUGUCCCGGCUGCGCAGCCUGGAGAAGCUGGACCUCUCCAGGAACCGUCUGCAGGAGCUGCCCGCCGGUCUGCAGCUGCCCCGCCUGUGCUCCCUCGACUGCUCCGACAAUGAGAUGGAGGACGUGCUGUCACUGCAGUCUCUCACUGCCCUGGAAGAGCUGAGGCUGGAGGGAAACCUGUACCUCACUGUCAGCGACAAUUACAAACUGAUGUUCCUGCUGCCCAAACUGCGCAUGUUCAACGGCAAGGACGUCGCUUCCUCGGCCAGUCACCUGCGCCAUGUCAACAGCGCGAAUCUUCGGAAACGGGUGGAGGCACUGUGGGAGAGCAGCUUCCGGCCGCCGGAGCCUCCCACAGCCGAGAGGCUCCAGGCCCUGGAGAAGGAGUUUGUGAAGGCAGCCCGCUCGCAGAUCAAAUACGGCCCCAGCUCCCUCAGCGACUACACCACCUGGCGGCUGGAGGGGAUUGCUAAAGAGCUGCUGGAGACGCUGGCACAGGGGGACAAGGAGGAGGGAACCGAGAAAAAGCAGGCUGAGCCAGACGCCGUAAAAGACAACACAGACGCUGGCCCCCGCACCCCUGCGAAGAGGAAGGGUGCUGCCUCCAGUCCCAGCGAGGGGGCCCUCAAAAAACAGCGACAGGCUGAUGACGCCCCCCCCAAAGCCAGCCCCCAAAAACCAUCCCGCUUGCAGACGGAGCCGGGCCGGCCCAAGAGGACGAUGGAGAGUCCCGGGAAAGAGUCGGUUUCGGGAAGUCCGCGGAAGAGCCUUCGUACCGCCAACUGCCAAAAACCCUCAGCGCUUUCCCGGCAUCCUGGGACCCCUACCAAAGCUCCCACAAACCCCCAGCCAGCGGAGAGCGAGAAGAGGACACCCCGAAAAAGCACAAACCCCAAGAAGCCCGUGUGUCUGGAGCCCCUGCAUGUCCUCCAGUGUCACAGCAAGCAGGACAGCCCUGAGGACUUCAGCACCCAGCUGUGGGCCUGUGCCUUUGAGCCCAGUGUGGACAGUGGGGAAUCCGGCCAGCGGACGUCCCGCACCGUGGCCACCUGCGGGGGCGAGUCGGUGUGCCUGAUCGACUGCGAGACGGGGCGGGUGCUCAAGAAGUACAAAGUCCCGGGAGAGGAGUUCUUCUGCCUGGCGUGGUCCAGUGUGCCCAUGUCCCGCGCCGGAGGGGGGGUGCGGCCGUGCGGCGUGUUGGCGGUGGGGGGCAGGAGGGGGGUAGUGAAGCUGAUCCACGCCCGGGCCAACUGCGCCUACGGGGAGUUCCGGGCCAGCCGCCGGGCCCUGUCCGCCCUGCGGUUCUGCCCCCACCGGGGCAGCUUCCUGUUCACGGGAGCGUAUGACAACAGGAUCGUGCUGUGGGACAUCGGUGGAGUGGACAGCGACUACAACUUCAAAGUCAGCCAGUUACUGACACUGGACGCCAACACCAUUCCCCUCCACCUGAAUAUGCCCCCCUCCUCACCAGAGCGCCACCUGCUGGCUGCCUGCGACAAGGGCCUGCACUGCUUUGACAUCCAGCUCAGCAAGAGCCAGCUGAAGAGGUCCAGUGAGUUUGAGAUCCUGUUCCCUGUGUAUGCAAAGGAAGACAAGGAAAAUAAUUACCGCACCAUUGACGGGAUGGCAUUCCUCAGCGAUGACGUCAUAGUCUCCAAGAGUCACAUGCAGGGCUCCAUCUACGUGUGGAGCUGGAGCAAGACCCUCGCCUCGCGGUCGGGCAGGAGCAGGAAGGAGGUGCGUGCUGUCCUCCUGGCCGAGCUGCAGUGGUCCGGCACUGACCUGCCGUACCUGUCUCUCAGCACCUGCCCAGGUGAGGGGUACGUGGUGUGUGGGGACGAGAAGGGGGGUUUGUGGACGUACCACCUCGAAGACCAACUAGAGAGCAGAGCUAAAGCUGGGAAACUCCUCUCCCCGACUCAGGUGCUGGAGUGGCCGGCCCCUGUCCGGAAGGGUCACGGCCCCGUACGGGGGCCCUCGGUUAACAGUGUGGCCCUGGACCCCAAGCUGCGGUACCUGGUGGCCCUGACGGACAAGAACAUGGCGGUGAUAUGGAAGAGGGUCUGAGUGAGGGCGCCCUCCUUGCAUCUGGCUUGCUGGGAGUCUUCUCGGUUCCUGGCUUCCUCGUUCCACUCCUCGUCUUCCUCUGCCUUUCCUAAGACCCCUCUCUUUUCCCCCCCCGGCUCCAAGUCUUUCCCUCUGUGUCUUGUGUCCAUUUCCCGACGCCCCGGGAUGUCCUGUGUCAUCUGGAGGUGUGGGCCAACUUGCGGUGUAGAAAGAAAGGAUUUCCAGAUCGGCAGGACCCGUGAGCCUUCGCUGUCUCCAGGUGAAUUAGAUCCUUGUGAAAAAAUCCCACAGAGCUUUUCCGGAUUCAUAUUGUUCUGGGAAGGAGCCCAGAGUCCUGUUUCAUGGGCUCUUCUCCCCAGCAGCAGUCCGGAAGAGCGGCUGUAUCUGCUAACAUCCCCAUUGAUCCAGUCAUAACUUUCAUUGGAGCAGUUUAACAGCUUUUCCCUGGUCUUAAGGUGCCCGGUGUCUGAAAGGUUUAAAAAGCCCAGUGGACACCUAUGACUUUUCCAGGACUGGGAUCAGGAGCCUCUGGUCUAGAAGGUUAAGAAGCCGGCAGACUCCCCACCUUGGGCUGCUGUGGCCUCUGUGGGCUGGAUACACAUCUAUACACUAAGGGUGGUGAGGGUCUGGAACAAGCUACCCAGGCAUGCAGGCAUGGGUUGGAUAGCAUGACAAACUACAUGUUACAGCAGGAUUUAAUCCUGGAAUCGGUUAUCUGAUGGCACCCAAAGGAGUAAAGCAGAAAGCAAAGUGACAUCUCAUUUGUAGCCUUUUUUUACAUUCUUUAAAGGAGACCAUGCCAGUAGUCCUCAAUUAGUAAAUCAUUAGUGUACCAAAUUUCUGUUUUUUUUUUUUAACAUGCUCCCCUGUAUUUUAAAUAGUUGUAAGAGAUUAAUGCUCAGGGAAUGCAGGAAAUUGUGAUUAUGUGAAAAAUGCAUCUGGCUGUUCUGCUCUUGACUGAUACCAGAGCAGCAGUGUCCCAAACUGCAGACAACAGCAUGAAUGAGGUAGUGUACCUAGUAGUUUUGUACAACUUUAACAUAACCCCCUCUGAUUAAUAUUUUACACUGUAACACUGCCUUUUAAUUUGUUUCACAUUGUGUAGAACAUGUAAAUGGUUUGUGUCAACAAGUGUCUUGUGUGUUGCUCCUACAAGCUCAGUGUUUCAAAUCAUAUCUUUGUAGCUUUGUUUUUGCUACCUGCCUGUAACACUCUGCAUUUGUCUACAUUAAAAGACUUCAGAAUUUUAAA